AGUUCCUCCUCGCCGCUCUGGCUCGCCGCUGCGGCGCUCGCCGCGUGCCCCGCACUCGAGCUCGCUUGGCUGCUGCUCGCGCACGGCCUCACCGUCAAGGGGCUGCUCGCGCUUCUGCACGAGACACCGACGGCGCUGCAGCGCGGCGGCAGCUUGCCCGACCUCUCUCUCCUCCCGCCGGUCGCGGUGUCGCUGCUCUGCCUCCUCUCCGGCGGGCUGCUGCUGCUCUUCAAGGUCACCGUCGUGCCGAUCGACGAGCCGCCGCCGAGCCGUUUGACCGCCGCCUUCUUGCUCCUCUCGCGGCUGCUGCUCCUCCUCUCCCUCGCCGCCUCCGCCGCCUCCUCCUUCGUGCCAGCGCUCCCGAUCGCCGUGCUCGCCCUCAUUCUCUCCUCCUUCCGCGAGACUUCGCGCGGCGGCGGCGGCGGCGGCGGCGGAGGCGGCGGUGAGGGCGGCGAAGCCCCCCUUUUCCUGCUUUUCCUCCCCCUCGCCGCGGCCACCUUCCUCGCCCAGACCGCGUGGCUGCUGUGGCGCGGCCCGCCUCUCGACACGGCUCGCGCAGGACCUCUCCGACGGCGAGACCGCCGCCGCCCUCUCC